AUGACAGAGGUUUUUGCCAUCAAAUCACUUCUCGGUGGUGUCGUGAGUCGCGACAUUGGUCAGGAAUCCGAUGCUCUUCCCCAUCUUCAUCUCCCAUCGCGCGAUCGCUGCCAUAUGAUCGCAGCUGUGGAAGAAGAGCAUCCAAAUGCCCCAGCAAUCUUGCUCCUCUUCGUCUCCGUGCGCUCGAAUUGUGCGCCAGAGCGGGAUGACGCGAGUGCCUCCCAUCUCACUCUCGGCGGUGGAAAAUUGGAGUUGAGGAGCUCCACAGGUUGCACGGCGGUUCAGUGUGAUUCUAACAUCUUCAGUGUCAAGAUGAACGAGGCGACACAGCGAGGAGGAAGAUCCCAGUGGAGACAAUGGAGUCGCUCGAGUCUCUGGACAAUUCUCAUUCUCACAUCCAUGGCGACUUGCCAUUCCUCACCAGUAUAUCUGAAGAAUUCUCACCACUUGUCACACUAUCAAUCGGGUCGCAACAUCCGGCAUCUACCGUGCAAAAUUCGACGAUCCGGCGAAGAGGGAAUUUGCAUGUUUGCCAUCGAUUGUCUCAAGUCCAAUGGCACACAUCUUGGCACCUGCAUCGACAGAUUCUACUUCGGAUCGUGCUGUCAUAUAAAGGACGAUCAACUGCUGGUGGAGCCAGAAAUAAGUGACAAUAGCAUAGAUGAGAAUACCAUUUCUCACUUUCUACAUCAACAAACACGCCCAACGGGUGGCACGCUGAAACCGUCCACCGAGGGUGAGACGCCAGAGAGAACAGAGCGACCACUGAUACCGGUCUCCACCAUAUCAGCCACCACUAGUCACAAUUUAUCGUCAGAGAGUAGCGUUCCAGCACUUCAUCAUCAUUAUACGACCAAUUAUGAUGUUAUUAGCCUAUCUUCCUCCUCUCCAUCUCCACCAUCCUCAUCCUCAGCCACCACAACACCAUCGCCGGUGCCCUCUUCGCUGGCCACCGAGCCCAGCACAUCGAGCGCACCGUUAGAAGAAACGAGAUUCACGUCAUCAACUCCUGCCGCCACCACCACGCCGGAGAAUGUCAAGCUGUCCACAUUCCAGUCCGUGGAGGAUGUCACGAAGGCGCCGGUGGAAGAAGUGACCACGCCUAGAGUCACCACAACCACCCACAGCACGCGAUAUCCCACACGCAGGACGACAACGCAGCAGCCAACGACGACCAGCACAACGGUGAAGUCAACUCAUAGUCCCAAACCCAAGCCAAAGCCCACGAAUGUGAAGCGACCGUCAUCGACGAAGAAGCCUCCCGCGUCACCUAGUAGUCGCCCUAAGCCCACAAGGCGACCGACGACGCCUGUCGCAAAUGCGACGACAAUCACGAAGAAGCCCACGAGGAAGCCCACAACGGAGAGCACAACCUUGGCGGCGAUCAUUCCAACGAGAAAAAAGACAACGACAACCACUCCCAGCACGACAACGUUGCCAACAACAUUGUCCACAACAACGACCGAAAGCACGACGAAGAAAGUGAUAACAACAACCACGGUGCAAACAACAGCGAAGCCAACAACAGUGACAACUGUUAAGAGCACUCCAGGAACGGACGAGGAGGAGAAACCAUUGACAACAUUGAGCUUUGUUGAGACAACGAAAGCUCCUCGACCGAAACCCAAGCCAACAUCCUCCAUCGCAAUCGUUCCACCGUCGACGAUUGCUGUGGAAGAGGUAGAAAUUCAAAGUAGUACAAGUGGAGUAGAAUCUCCAGUCACCCAGUCAGAAGUGUUAUCAACAUCGACAUCAACAUCAACGUUAACAUCAACUUCUGCUGCUGUCGAAAAUGCGACCAAGGCGGAGACGACUACAAUGGCUUCUGGUUUGGUGACAUGGACUAACAACAUUGAUGAGAGUGAGAGGAACAAGACGGAGAGCACAACUGAGGGUUGGAUACCACUGCAGACAAUCCCCGUGGAAUCAUCUUCGGAAGCAACUCCAGCAGCAAUCACAGAAGCGAUCAACGCGACAACAGCCGAGGACACAACGGCAUCUUCAACUACCGGAGUUACGAUUGGGAAUGCUACUGAGCAGACCAGCGCGCAGACGACAGCUGGAGAUGUGGCCCAGAAUGGCACAACAGAAACAACAACGCCCAUGAUGGAGGGAAUCGACUACAGACUGAGUAAGUUCAGAUCUAAGUCACGACGGAAGAUAAGGUCACAACUCGUUACAGGGGGAUUGGGCAUCAGAGUUGAAAAGAUCUCGCGGAACACAUUAAAGAUAGGAUUGUGUAUUGAUUGA